AUGCAAUAAAAAUAUUGUGAUGAAUGUGAAGAAACUAGAGCCAAGAUAAAUUGUAAUUAAUGUGGACAAAUUCUAUGCGAGCAAUGUGACAAAAAAAUACAUAAUAAAGGAAAAAGAGUUUAUCAUUCUAGAGAACUAAUCGAAUCAUCAGAUUCGAUCGAAUCAAACAAAAUCAAAUAGGAUGCUCAUGUGAUUAGACAUGAACAACACAAGGAAAGGUUUAAAUAAAUAAACAGCAGUUUGCCAUCUGUUGAUGUUGUUAACUUCAAUCUAAUUAAUAUCUAGGCGGAAACACCUAUGAUUUUUUAGAAUGAUUCUAUUUUAGCUAAAAUUGAGCAUCACUUAUUCAAACAGGCAAAUAAAGGAGACCUGAUGAUUCAUUUAAACGAUUUUUAGAAAUUUUUAAAAUAGAAUGAAAUCUAUAAAAUCAAUCAAUCAAAAGAUAUCAUAUAAUAAUUAGAGAAAUUGAAAAUGAUUAAUGUUACUAUUAGAAAAUUUGGGGACAGUGACCCAAUUUAGUUUAUUAGUCUUCAGUUAGAUCAUAUUAGUUUAUAAUCAUUAUAUUGGGUUUUAUUAAAUAUUAGGAAAGAUGAGAUGACUCCAACCGAUAAAUUAGUAAUGAGUAGGAUUAAGGAAUGCUAUGGUUUAAAACUCAAUAUUUAAGAUUGGAACCAUUAUUUGGCUGGAUUCUACAAGUUGCAAGAUUCUAAUGGAUUAAUUUAGUUUAAUGUGAAAAAAUAUAAACAGAAUAAGUGGAUUGAUGAAAAAUGCAUAAUUAAAAUGACCAAAUGUCCUAUUGAUUUAGUGAAUAAAUCAGAAAAUAAUAAUGCUUCUCUAUCAGCUUCUUAAUAAAUUAAUAAUGAAUCACUACUAUUAUUUACUAUAGAGGACAAUAUCAAUUGGAAAAUGAUGGAUGCUCAAUAAAUGAAUUCCAUUUAUAAGAGUUAAUGGAGAUCAUUUAUAUAAUUUUUAAAAGAUUUUUUUGACACCAAUCUUACUUUGAAUACAAGUCAAAACACUUAGUCAUUUGGAGAUUUAAAUUAAUCUGAUUAUUAGUCAUAAUCAUCCAAGUAAAGUGGAACCUAAUCAGUACCAACUUAAAAAAACUAAGAUAAUUCAAAGUGGAUUAGAAGUGUUGAAUCUGGAUUACAAAAUGGCCAGAAGAGUCAGGAAUAAUAUCACAAUCAAAGCUAUUCUUCCAAUGUUACAUAAAAAAAAAGAAGUAAAAAGAGUUAAAUUAAACCACCAAAAUCUAUUUAAAAAGCUAUACCUGGAGGUAAAUAUGGAUGUGCAUAGCUUUUAAAAUGUUGUGGGCCACUAGAAUUAAGAGUUUGUUCUUUGGGUGUUUUAUGUCUAAUGAUAUAGGAAGCCAUUAACAGGAAUGUCCUAAUAUACUAUAAAACCUUAUUAAUUAAACCAAAUACUAAUAUAGCUUUUGAUUUCAAUGAUUUCUUAAAUAUCUUUGAUGAUUAAUUUUAAGAUUAAUUCAUCCUUUAAAAUAUUUUAGGGAAUGAAGAAAAUCAAUAACUUUCUGUUGAUAAAUAAUAACAAUAGCAUGAAAAAUAAAAUAAAUUAAAAGCUGUUCAAUAGGCAAUAAUAGAUAUUCUAAAUGAAUACACUAAAGGUGUUAGUUUAGCAAGAUUGCCAAAGAUGAUUUAACGCAAAAUUUAAUUUACUUUUGAUUUGCAUGAACUUGGAUUCACUAAAUUAAAAUGCUUAAUUCAAGGUAUUGAUGGGAUUAGUAUAAUAAAUGAUGGGACUACUUAUGCUUCACUUAUUUUAGAUGAGUAUUAUGAUGACACAAAUGAUAUGAAAUAAGAAUAAGAAGAUGAUCAAUAAGUGAAAAUUGAUUUAAAAUACUUUUAAAAGUAAUCCUUGUAAUAAUAACAAAGUUAAUCUAAUCCAUAAUAAUAAACAUAGCAAUAAUAAUAAUAAUAAUAGUAGCAACAGAUGUAGUUUCUAUCUCCAAUCCAUGUAUCUGAAUAUUAAUUAAAAAUUGAACAAGCCUUAAAAUAAAUCCUUAAUUAGUAUAGUAAUGGAAUUCCAGCAUCUUAACUUCUAUAAAUACUUUAACUGCAUAUAUAAAAUACAUUCGAAUAUACCCAAUUUGGCUGUUCAACUUUUGAAGAAUAUAUGGUAAAAUAUGCUGAAAACUAUUGUGAUGUAAUGAUUAAGAUGAAAGGUUGCAUCAUAUAUCCAAAAGGAUAUUCAUCAUUUAGGUCUGCUAUUCCAUAAUAGAAAAUGUAACUUGGAAUUCAUCAUUAAAAAUCUCAGUCGACUACCCUUCCAAGUUAUGCUCAAUAAUAAAGUAAUAGUAGUAGCUAAAUUAUUAAAGCCGAUAGCUUUUUAGCAGGUAUGUAAAAUCCUAGUCAAAUGAUUGGAGAUGUGUAAUCUCAAUCCUUGACAUUUCAAUCAUUUCAAACCUACCCUUAAAAUAAAGACUUUUUUAUGAUUUAAGAAGAAAAUAGUCAUCAUGAACUAGACGCUAAUGUUAGAUUUAUAGAAGAACUAUUAAAAGAGUCAGAUGAUGUAGAAUAACAGAAACAUAAAGUUUAAAGAAGUCACUAAACACAUUAAGACAGUAAAUAAUUUUAGAGUUUGGGGCAAUGGCCAAAUUUAAAUUCUAACGAGAAAAGAUGCCAUAAUAAAUAUAAUACUUAUUAAUAUAGUCCUCAAUAAGACUUUUACUAGGGAUAAAAAAUAUCAUUAGAUCUUCACAGUUGGGAUCAAGAUAACUGA